AUGAGUGCACGAAGUGAACACGAGUUGCUCACUGACAGUGCCAAGGCAUCUAUAUCCUGGCGGGUCCGAUCGGGCUUCUACUCAUCCGACGAAAUCGUCGAGAGCUUAGUUGACGUAGUCUCACACGAACAAAGCAUUUCAAACCAUGAAGCUAAGAGAAGAAUUCGAGCUGUCACGGCUGCAGAAUGGUCGGCUCACCUGCAACGCCAACAGUCGUGGCCGCCUGGUCCUACAAUAAGCGAUAGAUUAGCAAAGGCAUUUGAAAUCCUUGAACGUCGGCACGGCAUCAUUGCAAAGAUGAACUUUACAUGCUGCCAGAGUUGUGGAAUAAGCGAAAUAGGACAGGACGUCGAUGAUGAUGAUACGUACGGGUACGUAUUCUUCCAUGAGCAAGAUACGGAGGCUGCCGUAGAUGGCAUGGGGUUAUCGCUCGCUUUCGGUUCAUUCACAAAGUCCAAACGAAAGAGUGAACUUAUAGCAGACAAGAUUAUCAAGUCGCUGCGACGGGCGGGGUUGAGGGCCAACUGGGAAGGGGACGUAGGCAAGCGAAUUAUGGUGGAAUGCGAUGAGUGGAGGAAAAGGUUCCGUGAGGAUGAGGACAUGGAAGACAUAGCGGACGAUGAUUUCGAUACCGACAGUGUCUCAGAUGACAAUGAGUCUUCACCAGAGCCAGAUACACAGUCUGACCUAACUCUCGAUGGGGAGGGUUAA